AUGGCACCAACACUCCGCGCUCUCUUCGCCGCAACACUGGCCUUGACCACCUCCGCAAUCCCCGACCCAAGCCCAGGCCACCGCCACCACCAACACCACGCCCACCUACACUCCUCCCCCAAACGCGCCGAUGGAGGCUACACCCCCUGCACCCCCACCGGCUGGACAGACGGCAUGGCCGCCCAAUGGCAAGGCAUGAUGACGCAAGAACUCGCCGCCCUCACGCAAGAAACCCUCGCCGAAUCCCUCCACCACACCGCCGCCAACAACUACGCCCAAGCCGGCUUCACCUGCGCCGUCGACUCCGCCUUCGCCCCCUCGGACCCCUGGCAACUCAUCCUCGACUGCCCCUCGCCCAAGCCGCGAACGACCGCCAACGGGAGAACUACCCAGCCUUCGGCUCCAUGGACCUCACACCCGAGGACAUCGCCACCGUCUACGGCCCCGCCAUAUCCGCCGCGAGCGCGGAAAGUGGUGUGCCGGGGGAUGUUUUGCGGGAUGUGA